CCCAUCUUAACGCUGCUCGGGCAGCCCUCGUCCCCGCCGACUCCUUACGGUCGUGCUCAUCGUUAGUUGUCAAUCGCCUGUCGCUCCCUUUCUCCGCAUCACUCGACCGUAAAUUGUUCCUCAUUAUCGCAACUGCUUGCUUUGAUAUAUCGUCACAUCGUUAUGAAGCUUAUCGCAACCCUUGCGCUAGGCGUGACAGCUUCCACAGCCGUAUUGGGGGCUGUGCUACCGCAGCAAGAACCAUUAACAGAACACAGCGUUCACCACGGGCAGGAACUUUAUUUGAUCGAGCUUGCUCCUUAUGAGACAAGAUGGGUGACAGAGGAAGAGAAAUGGGAUCUAAAAUUGGAUGGUGUAAACUUCAUCGAUAUCACCGCUGAGCGAAACACUGGCUUCUACCCCACACUGAACGCCGGCAGCUAUGUCCACUACCCGGUGCAAAUGGAACACUCGGAGGAGGUCGCCCCACUCCUCCGCAAUCUAUCCAAGGAUAAUAUGGAGAAGAAUCUGGAGCAUUUCACUUCCUUCCAUACUCGUUACUAUCGGUCAGCGACCGGCGUCGAGUCAGCGACGUGGCUUUACAACCAGGUCCUUGAUGUGAUCAAGGAGACGGGCGCCUCAAAGCAUGGCGCGACCGUGGAACAGUUUUCCCACCCAUGGGGUCAAUUCAGUAUCAUCGCCCGAGUUCCAGGGCAGACAAACAAGACCGUUGUAUUGGGUGCUCAUCAGGACAGCAUCAAUCUGUUCCUCCCGUCGAUUCUGGCGGCGCCGGGUGCGGAUGAUGAUGGAAGUGGUACCGUUACUAUUCUUGAAGGCUUGCGGGGUCUGCUGCAGUCAGACACCGUUGCCCAGGGUAAAGCCCCGAACACAGUGGAGUUCCACUGGUACUCGGCGGAGGAAGGUGGUAUGCUGGGCUCCCAGGCUAUUUUCUCCCAGUACAAGAAGGAUAAGCGGGAUGUCAAGGCCAUGCUCCAGCAGGAUAUGACCGGAUACAUUCAAGGGUCGUUUGAUGCAGGCCGCAAGGAAGCUAUCGGAAUCAUGGUCGACUACGUCGAUCGGGGGCUGACGCAAUUCCUGAAGGAUGUCAUUAAAGAGUACUGCAAGAUCGGACAUAUCGAGACUAAGUGCGGCUACGCUUGUUCUGACCACACAUCGGCGAGCAAGUACGGGUACCCCUCUGCAAUGGCAACUGAGUCUGAGAUGGAGAACAGCAACAAGAAGAUCCACACCACCGAUGAUCGAGUCAAGUAUCUGAGUUUCGAUCACAUGCUGGAGCAUGCGAGGUUGACCGUAGGCUUUGCCUACGAACUGGCUUUUGCUCCGCUCUGAUACCCUCCAAGAUGGCACCUAUAUUCACUUGUUGGCAAAUAUAGAUGAUGGUAUCUGAAAGCUAGAUUCUUUGAUUUGCUGCGUUGAAUCCCAUGUUGCUAAAGUGAUUUGUACUAUGGCCACCUUUGCGUAACUUGAACUGGCUAUAAACCUCGGGUGAUUCCAGUUCCUGGUUCGGUUCUUGGUAAAGACAAGCUGUGACCAUGUCAUUGACUUGCUUGGU